AUGAAGAAGGGAGGCUUAUAUAACUUGGCCUUUGACAAUAAGUUAUCAACUGCACCAAGUGCUGUUGUUUAUCAGAAUAUAGAAUGUGUGGAUAUUAAGCCGAAUGGUAUCUACUUGGUCAGGUUCAUGUAUAGAGAGUGGGAGGGUCCACUUACACAGUUGGUCACUCAGAAGUUGUCUAUCAAGCUCUCUAUCGACAUCAAUGAAGGCUUGGUAACAUGUCUACACACGGACAAGAAGCGAACAGUCUAUCGAUGGGACCUCAACCAAGGUCUUGAAGCCAAAGGCGUUGGCGGCAAGGCUGAGGAGAACACAGUACAAUACAGUACAUUUUAUGUCGAUGACUUUGUUGUCGAUAACUACACCAAUGAGUUGUUCUCUCACAAGAAUGAGCAACAGGCAAUCAAUCAUCUAUCAUUCCUGAAUGAACGAAAGCUUGGAUGUAUCGAUCACUUGAAGAAGGAUGUGUAUAAGAAUCAUACUAUAUUCAUCAAUGCAUCAAAGGAGAUUGCGAACUCUGAGGUUGAUAUGCUUGACUUUAGGAAUCUGAUCACAGAGUAUGGCAACUCAAUCACAUCAAUCCAGAACCUAUCAAUCAGUUGGGAUCACUACAAGGUCAAGAAGCAAUCAAAGAACGAGUUUGAGAAGCUGUCAAAGACGACUGAGCCCAUCCAGUGGCUCACAUCAGUUCCACACGACCUGGAGAUGGCUGUUCAGCAACGCGAGUUUGAACAAGCUGUCGUCACGAUUGAGAAGAUGAACGAGGUGUAUGAGAACAAUCCAAAGGUGGAGAUUGUGAUGCAGACACAUCCUUUAAAGGAACAAAUCGAUCAGAGGAUAAAGACACUGACAGAGUCAUUGAUGGACACACUGCGAUCACCAAUCCUGAAGCCACUUCAAAUCAAGGAGACUAUUGCGUGGUUGGUGCGACUUGAUCAGACGGACAAGGCCAAGUCGAUAUUCUUGGAGUCAAGAUCAAUCGCCAUCAAAGCGUCGAUAAAGAAGCAGGUCAAGACUGGCGACCUGGUGCGUAAUAUUGGCGAGCUGACACGUAUCACUUUCAGCCAGAUCGACACCACCUGUCAGGACUACUGCAACUCCUUCCAAGAGCCACACAUGACCAGUGGUCUCAUCGAGUGGGUCAUGUCACAACUUCAACUACUAAGUGAUAUCCUCAGUCGUCAAGUGUUCAUCAUUGACAACUACCAGACCAUAUCACAGAUCAUUAGAAUAGUUGAGUCACAUUGCGAGAUGAUGGAUCAGAAUGGAUUGUCAUUAAUAUCCUAUUGGAAUGUAUUGUUACAGCCUCAUCUGGAACAACUUAUUGUAAACUAUGAAACAAGACUUAGAGAGUCGUUGCAACAGCAAUUGGUGGAGGACAAGUGGAUUGGUGACACGCAAUGGGUGUACGAGCUUCCAACCUCACCUCAGUUGGGUGCAUCCCCUGUUCAAUCACCAAAGAAUCAAUCACCAUUCCUCAGCUCACGUAACAACAACAACAACAAUAAUAACAAUAACAACAACAACAACAACUACAACAAUAACAACAACAAUGAUGAGAUAAGACUCAAGUUGACAAAGAGCACGAUAUUCCUCAACACGAUCACUCAGAGGUUCACGAUGGACAUUUGCCAGAUCACGACUGUUGAGAUGAUACCAGUGAUAUCAAGAUCGAUCAGCAAGAUAUUCAAGGAGUUUAUGAGUCAUUUGCUGACAGCCAUCCAGGAUGACCUGUCCGACAACCAGGCACACGCGAUAAUAAGUAAUGCAGUGUUCAUCACCGAUGACCUUGUGUCGAGGAUAUCAAACAAGCUGGAGGAUGUGCUCGGACGCCCGAUCAACAACCUCGAGUCGCUGAACGACUCGCUCCGCUCCAUGUUUGAACGCAUCCGUCUCGAGUACGCAGUGCGCAAGGCCGAGGAGAUCGUUCACUCGGUCAUGGUGUGGGACGAGGGCGUCUACGCGAUCGAGGACGACAUUGAGCCCUUCCCCAAGAAGUUCAUCAAGCUGUCCGAGUACCUGGACACCCUGUCACAGCAGAUACAGAACAAUGUCAACGUGGAGAAUGUCACGCCAAUCACAUCGAUGAUCCUGGCCGAGGUCGUCGUCAUCCUGUCGCAGAAGCUACAGACACUGGGCGACUCUGUGCAGUAUGGAUACGGAGGUCUGCAACACUUUGUCCUGGAGAUGAAGUACUUGACCACAAUACUCGGUCGCUCGGACGUCGAGCAGAUCACCUACGACCUAAUCACAUCGAUGAUACACAGUGCCACCAAGUCCUACGCCACAGCAGGCUCAUUCGAUCCCGACACCGUACUCAAGCCCAAGGACUACUUUGAUCAAGUGAUCGAUAACAUUGUCUAUCAAAAGGCAGUAUACAAGUGA